UACGGAUACCAACAGGAAAAUGUAUGUGUUGAUUUUAAAUUCAACGGUUAAAAGCUGCAGAUAUAAAAUCGAUGCCACUUAAAGGCUAUAGAACUCAUGCGCCGUACGAGACGACAAAUAUUGAAAUCUGGUCCAUUUUCCUUAUGUCUACGAAACAUACGAGAUAAGGAUUACAAACAGUUUUGAUGAUAGGAUGGAUAUAUCAAUGGAAAAAUGAGAAAUAAAGAAAACAUAUUCAAUGUAAUAUUACUUCUCCUUUCUGGAAUACUUUUGAAAGAAGGAGAAUGUGGUACCAGUUGGGAGGUGACACACUUUACGGAAAACUCUAAUGGUUACACGUGGGAGGAGGCGGAUACAAUAUGUAAAGAAAACGGGAAAAUGUUAGCUGUUGUUGAUUCACAGGAAAAAUGGGAAACGGUUAAAUAUGUUAUAACAGGUGGAAACAGAUACACUGCACCUGCCGAUGUAUACAUUGGUUUACAGUUUACUCAAAGUAUAAACAACUUUACAUGGAGCAAUGGGGCACAAGCUUCAUGGACAAAAUGGGCUGAGAACGAACCCUACUAUACUGAGAGAAGACAUUGCGUUAGGUUAGAUGUGUAUACAAACUAUAACUUUAGAACAUCUGACUGCUCUUACAAGCAUCAUUUUGUUUGUUCAUAUGAAGUUUAUGUACCAGAUCCUGUUGUACAAGAACUUGUUACAUCCACAACAGCAGUAUACACGGGCUCAUCUGGUAUAAAAUCGGACAUGAUUGUCGGGAUGUCAGUUGGAUUCGGAAUAUUUUUAGGCAUCGGAAUAAUAAUUUGCAUACUUUGUCGUUGUUGCUGUAAUUUCCAACAGGAGAAAAAGUAUACGGAAAGUUCUAAGCAGAGCAAGCCAAUCCUACCAACCAGAUCACAAGCACAAAAGCAGUUUGAAAUUUACAUGAAUCAGAUGGAAGGCGUUGAUUAUUCCCGCGCAAAAUCUAGUGCAGCAGCCUCGGUUUCGUAUAGCAGAAAUCAGACCCAUGAUGACGUGUUCAAUGUCGAUGAUCACCCGUCAAAUGUUAUUGAUAUUGCACCAUACAGUCAAAUGUCACAAUAUAACCAAGGUGAUGAAAUGAGUUUGAAUGAUUCAUCGUCACCGUCUAAUAAAUCUACCGAUUAUAUGCAUUUUAUGUAAAACAAUUUUGAACAAAACUAUGUACAAGGUAGCAUGAUUUAAACACUAAUCAUAUCAAAUUACUAGCAAUGAUGUACGUGACAUUUUCAAGGGGUUCGUUUGUGAAUAUUCCCCUUUGAAUAUCGGCACUGGUCUGAGAAUAAUUAUGUUUCACUGAACCUGCUUACAGGGAUACUGAAUGCAUAAUUUUAUUGAAAAGUUGCUAAUGAUUUUGACUAAGCAUAUCACAUUACAAACAAGGUCUACCUUUUAAUAGCUUAAAUGUCUCUUUUCAACUCAAAAGUAUGUUUAUGAAAAUACCACGUGACAAUUAAUUCAUAAUUGUAACGUUACAUUGAGCAACGUCAGUUUGUUGGAACCGGCAACAUCUGCAUUUUUAUAUGUAGGUCGUAUGCCUGAAUUCACUAAAAAGUCAGACAGAAUAAACUAUUUCUUCAAAUUUUUGUUUCAUUUGCGAUGAUGCUGUAUAAAGAUGUAAAAAAAAAUGCACUAAUUCUAAAUUAAAAUUUUACACGAAGUUUGUGGAUGAUCUGGAAUUGGCUUACCUAUGGCGUUCUCAAUGAAAAUGGUCCUCAAAAUGUUUAGCCGUAAACGAAACUAUUAAAAAAGGCUAAAGAUAUAAUUUGUUUAUUUAUUUCAUAAUGUUAAAAAAUAGUUGAUAAAAUGACUUCGAAGUCACGUUUCAUAAUGUUCUCAUAUCUGAGUUACAUUACUUGUUCAAAAACAUAAUGUCGAAAGCAAUGGAGGAAAUUUUGGUAGUUUGCCAAUGUGUUUAAAAAUUCAAUGGUGUAAAUGAUGUACUAACAUUGUAAUUAUAAAAGGAUAACUAUUUUUGAUUCUAUAUGGAAGGUCAAUAACAAUUCAUUGUGAUCCAAAGGAUGAUUGAUACCUUUGGCUUUUGGAAAAUAUUGUAAAUUGUCGAAUGCAAUCCAUUUUUUUAAUAAUAAAAAAAAUUAACAAUGA